UUUGCUACUUGCUUCCUGUCGUUGGAGCGUUGGGCUCACAGUGGGGGAGAUGGCAGAGCGCAGCUUCAAGCUGAGAGAUGAGCAUGAUGCGGUACAGAAGAAAACCUUCACCAAAUGGAUAAAUGCACAGUUCUCCAAGACAGGGAAGUCACCUAUCAAGGACAUGUUCUGUGACCUGAAGGAUGGCAAGAAGCUGCUAGAACUGCUGGAGGGGCUUACAGGAAGUGUUCUGACCAAAGAGCGGGGGUCCACCAGAGUAAACGCCCUCAACAACGUCAACAAGGUUCUCCAGGUCCUGCACCAGAACAAUGUGGACCUGGUGAACAUAGGAGGAAGUGACAUCGUGGAUGGGAACCAUAAACUGACCCUGGGCCUCAUUUGGAGUAUCAUUCUUCACUGGCAGGUGAAGGACAUCAUGAAGGACAUCAUGUCCAACCUGCAGCAGACCAACAGCGAGAAGAUUCUGCUGAGCUGGGUGCGUCAGUGCACGCGCUCGCAGACGGAAGUCAACGUGCUCAACUUCACCAGCAGCUGGGCGGAUGGCCUCGCCUUCAACGCCAUCCUGCACCGCUUCAGGCCCGACGUGUUCAGCUGGGAGAAGGUUCUGGGCCUCAGCCCGGUCGAGAGGCUGGACCAUGCCUUCACUGUAGCUAAAGACCAGCUGGCCAUCGAACGGCUACUGGAUCCUGAAGAUGUGGCGGUGCAGUCACCCGAUAAGAAGUCCAUCAUCAUGUACGUGACGUCGCUGUUCGCCGUCUUGCCCAGGGACGUGACCAUGGAGGCCAUCCGGGAGGUGGAGACUCUGCCUCGCCGCUACAAGGCGGACGUGGACCACAGCCCAGGCCUUGGUCCACAGGUCGUGGGCGGGGGCGGGGCCACGGCGGAGGAGGCGGGAGGGGGCAGCCCCCGCCGUGCGGAGCCCCCCGGUACGCUGCCGGAGGCGGAGGAGAUGGAGGUGGAGGUGGACCUGGACAGCUACCAGAGCACCCUGGAGGAGGUGCUGACGUGGCUGCUGUCAGCCGAGGACACGCUGCAGGUGCAGGAGGAGGUGUCGGAGGACGUGGAGGAGGUCAAGGAGCAGUUCCACAUGCACGAGGCCUUCAUGAUGGAGCUGACGGCACACCAGAGCAGCGUGGGGAAUGUGCUGCAGGCCGGCAACCAGCUCAUUGCCCAGGGCAACCUGACGGAGGAGGAGGAGGAGGAGAUCAGGGAGCAGAUGACUCUGCUGAACUCCCGCUGGGAGAGCCUCCGUGUGGCCAGCAUGGACCGGCAGGCCAGGCUCCACGAGGUUCUGAUGGACCUACAGCAGCAGCAGUUGCAACAGCUCUCUGAUUGGCUGACACUAACAGAGGAGCGAAUCAAAAAGAUGGAGACAACGCCCACAGUGGGAGACAUGGAGGGCUACAAGGCCCAGAUAGAGCAACACAAAGAGCUGCAGAAUGACCUGGAGGCAGAGCAGGUGAAGGUGAACUCUCUGACUCACAUGGUGGUGGUGGUGGAUGAGAACAGUGGGGAGAGCGCCACCGCUGCCCUGGAGGACCAGCUGCAGUCUUUGGGUGAGAGAUGGGCGGCCGUCUGUCGCUGGACGGAGGAGAGGUGGAACAAGCUGCAGGAUGUGCUCAUGGUGUGGCAGCAACUGCUGGAGGACCAGAGUCUGUUCAGAGUGUGGCUGGCGGAGAAAGAGGCGGACCUGGGUGAAGUUCAGACCGGCGACUUUAAAGACCCGGGCGAAAUGAACGCUAACGUCCGCAGAUUAGCCAUCCUGAAGGAGGACAUGGAAAGGAAGAGGAGAACGCUGGAUCAGCUGUCGGACGCUGGACAGGAUGUGAUGUCACUGCUGCGGAAUGCGGAGGCGGGGUCCAAAAUUGAGGGUGACACGGAGGAGCUAGCCCAGAGAUGGGAUAACCUUGUACAGAGGCUGGAGGACUACUCCUACAAGGUGACAGAGGCCGUUACCAGUGCCGGGAUGACACAAGUUAUGGAGCGCGUUGUCGUGGACACGGUCACUCUGACGGCAACUAAGGAAGUGUUUGACGACCAGGAUCUUGCCCCGCCAGCUCCCCCCAAGAAACGUCUAGUGGAGACGGACUUGGAAGUCCGGAGAGUGCUGGAGAGCAACCUGUCUGGUGUACUGAGCUGGAUGAGCAUGUGGAAGUCGUCAGCUCAGGCCUUGGCCUCCACACACCCCGACACUGCAGGAGAAACAUCUGAUCUGCAGGACCAACUACAGGCCUUGGAGGCGGAGCUGUCGGCAAAGGAGGCCCAUGUUGGUCAGGUGACCCAGGGAGGGCGGAGCCUGCUGGAACAACUUGAGAGAGAGGGCGUGUGCGUGGACACGGUGCGCUCCGACGUGGACAGCGCCCAGACGGAGUGGGAGGCGUGUGCGAGGGAGCUGCAGGCGGCCAGGGAGCGGGUCCGGCUGCAGACCCGGAUCAGGACCGCCUCGUCUCAGCUGGCUGAGCUGGACCGGGCCCUGGGCCGGCACGACCUGUGGCUCAGCGGCACGUCGACGAGCCGAGGAAGCGACGAGGCCGAGCUCCGAGCCUUGAGUUCAGAGUGCCAGUCACAGUUGGCCCAACUGGCUGCUCUGAGCCCACAAUUGGAGGAUCUCUCAACGGAGGCGGGCUCCCUGGGAGCCACGUCCACCCUCAGAGACCAGCUGGUGGUGGUGACAGCCCACCAGGCCUCCACCCUGCAGCAGGUCCAGAGACGGGAGCAGGAGGUCGACGCAGCCCUGGCAAGCCUCCAGUCUACGGCAGCCCAGGUGCCCACGGUGCCUCCUGCACCCAGCCUGGUGGAGGGGCUGGAGGCCAGACUGGGCACCCUGAAAGAGGGCAUCGUGGACGUGCCAACAGCAGAGGGGGCGGUAGAGGGGGCACAGGCUCUGUGCAUAGAGAUUGAGCAGACGCAGCAGGCCUCGGAUCCGGAAGAACUCCAAAGAUGGAGUCAGCUGUCCUCCAGGGCCCGGGAGGAGCUGGGCACGCUGCAGUGCAUCCUGGGAAGCCUAAAGGACAAUCAGGUGCGUGUGGCGGAGGUGGAGCGAUGGCUAGACGCUGUACAGGAACUGAUGUCACGGGAUGCUACAGGUCAAGGAGAUGCAGAAAGACUACAGGAAGAGCUUAACCAGUGCAAGGAGUAUGUGGGGGAGAUGGAGGUGGUGGAGAGUGCUUUGAAGCAGAUGGGAGAGAAUGUGUUGGCGGUGCAGGGGACUGCAGUACCCAGCCUGGCCCAGUGGGGGCAGCCUCAGCUGGAGGAGAGCCAGGCCAGAUGGGAGAUGUUAAGUAAACAGUUGCUGAGCCACCAGGAGUGUGUGGCAGAGAGCCAGGAGAAGCAGGUGAACCUGAGGAAGGACUUGGCAGAGAUGCAGGAGUGGAUGACCCAAGUGGAUGAAGAGUUCCUCAUGAGAGACUUUGAGUACAAGAGCCCUGAGGAGCUGGAGGGAGCACUGGAAGAGAUGAAGAGAGCUAAAGAGGAUGUGUUGCAGAAGGAGGUGAGAGUGAAGAUUCUGAAGGACAGCAUUAACAUGCAGGUGGCCAAGACUCCCCCUGCUGGCCAGGACCUGAUAGAGCAGCUGGCCGGCGUGCUGGCUAACUACCAGAAACUCUGCCACCGCUUCCAGAGCAAGUGUCACACUCUGGAGGAGGUGUGGUCCUGCUGGAUGGAGCUACUCCAGUACCUGGAGGUGGAGCAGGGCUGGCUCAACUCUCUGGAGGAGAAGAUCCACACCACUGAGAAGCUGCCAGAGAGCCCUGAGGCUGUCAACCAGGCACUGGAGUCUCUGGAGGGUGUGUUGCGUCACCCCGGGGACAACAGGACUCAGAUCAGAGAGCUGGGCCACACUCUGAUCGACGGGGGCAUCCUGGAUGAGCUCAUCAGCGAGAAGCUGGAGAGUUUCAACACCCGCUACGACCAGCUCAGCCAACAGGCUGUGAGCAGACAGGUGAGUCUGGAGCAGCACCUCCAGGUUCUGAAGGAGAACGAGCUGGCCCUCCAGAGCCUGCAGGACUCCCUCACCCUGCUGGACCAGACGCUCACCUCCUACCUCACCGAGCGCCUCGACGCCUUCCAGCUGCCGCAAGAGGCCCAGGCUGUUGGCACAGAGAUCGCCGCCCACGAGGUGACGGUGGAGGAGCUGAGGAGGAAGAACGUGGCCAACCUGGCCCCCGCCUCCCCUGAGGGCAAGGCCCCCCGCGCAGGCACCAUGCUGGACCAGCUACAGAGGAAGCUGAGAGAGAUCUCCACCAAGUUCCAGCUGUUCCAGAAGCCGGCCAACUUCGAGCAGCGCAUGCUGGACUGUAAGAGGGUUCUGGACGGCGCCAAGGCGGAACUGCACGUUCUCGACGUCAGCGAGGUGGAACCGGAGAAGAUCCAAGAACGCCUCAGCGGCUGCAUGAAGCUGUACAAGGUGCUGAGUGAGGUGAAGCUGGAGGUGGAGACGGUGAUCAAGACCGGCCGGCAGAUCGUCCAGAAGCAGCAGACUGAGAACCCUAAGGGCAUGGACGAACAACUGACCGCUCUCAAACUUCUGUACAACGACCUGGGAGCACAGGUGACGGAGGGGAAGCAGGACCUGGAGAAGGCUCUGUCUCUGUCCCAGACGUUCCAGAAGGACAGCGCCGCCCUGCAGGACUGGCUGACCACCAACCAGGCCCUGCUGCAGCAGAAGAACUCCUCAGGAGACAUGCCGGCUGACAUCGACGCCGAGAUCGCCUGGGCCAACGGCCUACUGAAGGAGUCGGAGCGGAGCAAGGCCGAGCUGGCCUCCCUGGUGGAGAGCGGCGCAGGGCUGCAGAGCCUGGUGGAGGGGAGCGAGGGCCAGCUGGAGGACAGGCUGGGCGAGCUGGAGAAGGGCUGGGGCCUCGUACGCACCUGGACCGAGGACUGGCUCAGCGCCAUCCUGAGCCACCAGAAUGAGGUGGAGAUCUUUGAUGAGAACCUGGCCCACAUCAGCACCUGGCUGUACCAGACCCAGAUCACCCUGGAUGAGAGCGAGAAGCUGUCCAGCCCAGACAGAGAGAGGCUGCUCAAGAGGGUGCUGGCAGAGCUGGAGGACAUCAGCCAGCGUGUGGACAGUGUGAGGGACCAGGCCAUCAUCCUGAUGAGCAGCCGGGGGCCAGCAUGCAGAGACGUGGUGGAGCCCAAACUGGCCGAGCUCAACCGCAACUACGACAAGGUCUCCCAGCACAUCAGAGCUGCCAAGAUGUCCACCAGUGUGGAGCCUGGAACUGGACAGCUGAGUGAACAGAUGGUCCAGACCCAGACCCAGAACCUGGUCCAGACCCAGGCCCCAGCCCAGACAGAGGCCCCGGUCCAGACAGAGGCCCUGGUCCAGACCCAGGUCCAAGGGGAGGCAGGCCUCCUCCUCCCUGGCCUGCAGCAGGCCUUGCUGGGAGAGCUGCAGGACACACUGAGGACCCUGGAGCUCCAGGAAGACCUCGCUCACACACUGGAUGAUGACAAGAUGGAUGAGGAGAAGGCGGGCGUGGAGGAGAUGUUGAGGAGAGGAGAGGAGGUGCUCCUGCAGACGCCUGACGAGGAGCAGAGGGAGGAGCUGAGGCUCACCCUGCUGAGGCUGCGGACUCGGUACACUGCUCAGAGGGAGCUGAGGGUGCUGAGAAGCCGUCCGGUAGAUGUUGCCAUGGACGACUCCUCUUCCUCAUUCAGCUUCACAGAGCAGACUGCAGUACUGUCAGGAGAGGGGGAGCCAGGGGAGAAGGCAGCCUGCGUCAGUCCGUCAGACUACCUGUUGGACAUCAACAAGGUGCUGCUGGCUAUGGCUGACAACGAGCUGCUGCUCAACUCCUCCGAGCUCAGCAGUGGUCUGUACGAAGACUUCUCCAGCCAGGAGGACACACUGAGGGGUAUAAAGGAGAGUCUGGAUCAGCUUGGGGAGCAGGUGGCCGUCAUCCAUGAGCGUCAGCCCGAUGUCAUCCAGGAGGCGUCGCCCGGCGAGGUGGCACAGAUCGGCGACGCCCUCACCCAGCUCAACGCCGAGUGGGACCGCCUCAACCGCAUGUACAACCACCGCAAAGGGAGCUUCGACCGUGCGGUGGAGGAGUGGAGGCAGUUCCACUGUGACAUGGCCGACCUGGGCCAGUGGCUGAAAGACACAGAGCAGCAGCUGUCUGAGGCGGGAGCGCACACACACCUGGACCUGGACUCUGCCUGGGCACAGCAGGCGGAGAAAAUGGAGGGCCUGGCCAGCCACCAGCCUGUCCUGGUGGGGUUGACCCACACCGGGGAGAGGAUCAUCGGGCAGCUGUCGACCCCAGACGGGCCCCUGCUUGAGGACAAGGCUGGGGCCUUGAGCCAGCGAUGGAGGGAUGUCAACAGACAGGUCAUGGACAGGAAGCGCAGGCUGGCAGGAGGAGACCUGGCUCUGUCAGACCUGGUGAGGAGGAUCGAGCUGGCUCUGUGGCUGGAGCAGGCAGAGUCUGCCGUCAGCUCGUUACCCAGCCCUCCCUCUGACAAGAACCUCCGCCAGCUCAAGGCCUUAGCGGAUGAGAUGGAGUAUCAGGACGAGAGCCUGGGUUGCUAUGAACAAGAAUGCCCCUCAUCUUCUGGCCAAUCCCAGCUGUGAGCCCCCAGGAGAGAGAGCAGACACGUCAGCAGGCUGAGGGGCAUCAACCUGAACUGGAGCAGGGUGACCCGUGGUUUGUCAGAGCAGGUGGUGGAGGUGGAGGGGAGGAGCCACGGUCCGUUCCACGACAAAAUGGACCGUCUGACCGACUGGAUCCUGCUCACCCAGAAGAACCUCAGCACCAGGACCCUCAGCCCCGGCCGAGAGCCAGGUACCACCUUAUGUUAUACCCAUGUGUCACUCCUCUAUUCUCCUUCCCGGCUGAUUGGUUCUCUCCCUCCGCUCUGCUUCUCUCCCCCCUCCUCCCUGCAUCCGCCUGCAGCAGACCUGAACAACGUGAGGUUCUCUGCCUACAGGACGGCCAUGAAGAUCCGCCGGCUACAGAAAGCACUGUGCUUGGACCUGCUGGACCUGAGCGUGGCCCAGAACACCUUCGAGCAGCACAAGCUCACCCAGAAUCCCCAGCUGCUGACGGUGCCGGAGGUCAUCAACGUGCUGACGUCCAUCUACGACGGGCUGGAGCAGCAGCACAAGGACCUGGUCAACGUGCCGCUGUGCGUCGACAUGUGCCUCAACUGGCUGCUGAACGUCUACGACACUGGUCGAAGCGGCAAGAUCCGUGUCCUGUCCAUGAAGCUAGGACUGCUGUCCCUCUCCAAGGGACACCUGGAGGACAAGUACAAAUACUUGUUCAGUCAGGUGGCGUCGCCGGGAGACACGUGUGACCAGAGGCAGCUGGGUCUGUUGCUGCACGACGCCAUCCAGAUACCACGGCAACUAGGGGAGGUGGCGGCCUUCGGUGGCAGCAACAUAGAACCCAGCGUCCGGAGCUGCUUCCAACAUGUGACCAAUAAGGUGGAGCUGGAGCCCAGGCAGUUUGUGGAUUGGAUGAGGCUGGAGCCCCAGUCCAUGGUGUGGCUCCCUGUUCUCCACAGGGUGGCGGCCGCGGAGACAGCCAAGCACCAGGCCAAGUGUAACAUCUGCAAGGAGUGUCCCAUCGUAGGGUUCAGGUAUCGCAGUCUGAAGCACUUUAACUAUGAUGUGUGUCAGAGCUGCUUCUUCUCUGGGCGCACGGCCAAGGGCCACAAGCUCAACUACCCUAUGGUGGAGUACUGCACGCCGACUACUUCAGGGGAGGACAUGCGAGACUUCACCAAGGUGCUGAAAAACAAGUUCCGCUCCAAGAAGUACUUUGCCAAGCACCCUCGACUCGGCUACCUCCCUGUCCAGACUGUUCUAGAAGGAGACAACAUGGAAACUCCCGUCACUCUCAUCAGCAUGUGUCCGGAGCAGUAUGAGCUGCCCCAGCCCUCCCAGCUCUCCCAUGAUGACACUCACUCCAGGAUAGAGCAGUACGCCUGCAGGUUGGCCCAGAUGGAACGUUCCAAUGGCUCCCUCCCUACAGAUAGCAGCUCAGCUACAGGGAGCAUGGAUGACGAGCAUGCCCUGAUCCUGCAGUACUGCCAGACCCUAGGGGGCGAGAGCUCCCCCUGCAGCCAGCCCCAGAGCCCCGCCCAGAUCCUGCAGGCCGUGGAGAGGGAGGAGCGAGGCGAGCUGGAGCGAAUCAUAGCCCGCCUGGAGGAGGAACAGAGGACCCUGCAGAGGGAGUACGAGCAGCUGAAGGAGCAGCAUGCCCAGCGGGGGCCGCCGGGGGGGGGGCCGUGGGACCCCGAGGGGCCCGAGGAGGCGGACCUCCUGGCCGAGGCCAAGCUGCUGAGGCAGCACAAGGGCCGUCUGGAGGCGCGCAUGCACAUCCUGGAGGAACACAACAAGCAGCUGGAGUCUCAGCUCCACCGGCUCAGGCAGCUGCUGCAUCAGCCUGAGUUGGAGUCCAGGGUGAACGGAGUGUCGUCCCCCAGCAUGCAGGAUCGAGGGCCUCGCCCCGAACACACAGAGGAGUUGCUGGACCCUCACAGUAGCAGCUCUGACCUAGCAGACAUCAUGGAUCAGAUCAACAACACCUUCCCUGCAUGUAGUCCCUCAAGUCUCCCUUCAAGACCACAGGUGUUGUGAGGACAUUCACUGUAGAGCAGCAUUAGGUGUGUGUAUUGGGAAAGAGAACGACAUUCCCAAAUGCAGCUUGCUCUGUCUCAACCUUCAUUGUACUCCUGGAGGACAUCGUGUUAGCCCCCCCCCCAGGGAGAAACCACACCCUAAAACCCAAAGACACAGGACCACAGGACCACAGAACUUUACUACUUAUCUCCACCACGUUGUCGUCUUGUACUAUGCAAACUGUACAUUUUAUGAAGUGUAGAUUGUUUAAAGUCGGCUAAACAUUUGUCAGUGAUUUGUAUGAAUAUGCUGAUAAUUAUGGGGUUAGGGGGCUUUCUAUAACUAAGUAUGCUUAUUUUGAGGAGGGGCGGGGGUUGGGUUUGUUUUGUGUAUUUAGUUCUACUUUCACACGGAAUUGAACUGUUACAUUUGUGUCAUUGUUCUGCUAUUCUUUGCUUUAAUCCCGCAAGUGCAGUCAUUUCCAGUAUCACGUUCAUACUGUACUGUAUCACGCUCUGAUUUUGGAAACCGGGGUCGUCAUGGAACUACUGGUAAAACCAGUAGCGUAAAUUAUCUUUUUGAAAAUAGGCUUUGUGUUUCCCUCAAAGCAACAUUAUUUACAUAUCUUUUGUUGGUUUUGUUUUGUUUUAUGCAUGCUCUUUGUCAGGUUCCCCUUUAAAACGUUGGUGUGAUUCUGUCGGUGUUGUUCAAGCCGAUUGCGACUAUGUGACGUAAAGCUAACCCCUCCUGUGCCUAUACAGUUGUCAUUCCAAGUGUGAUUCUGAUUUAGUGUCAGAUAAAUUUAUAUAGGAGAGACGAUGGAGCAAGAAAGAGAAAUUUAAGAAAUUGAACUUUAAAUUGUUCAGUCGGGUUUGAAAGAGAUCCAUACAGUAGUCAUGAAUUAGAGUAGUUUUAUAAAAAUCAGUUAAGAAAUCUGAAGAAAGCCAUGAUUGCCUUGCUACCUCAGUCUCAUAAACACCUUUAAUAUGCGUGGUCUGUAACACCUUCUGUUUAAUUGGACUGUAUUCAUUAGUAAGACAGGUCAGGCCCAUGUUCUUAGCACACCCUUCUUAUCCAUCAGACACUGCAGUAAGGAGAUACCAAGUCAAAAAGCAGACAAAAUAAACCAAUCAGUUUGUUUGUUCCUGUCCUACCAUCAGCUCUGUGGCGUCUUGACGUAGUCCCUGCUGAGUGUGCUGUUACACUGCAUCUGUGUUGGUUCCCUCACCGAGCGCCAGCCACUGGUCUCUCGCUCUCGGAGUUCUGCGUUGUGUUUCGUGCUAUGCUAUCCUGUAAAACUUGUUCGUUUUGACACUACCAUACCCUCAUCCAACUAUGUCCCUGGACUGAUGACAAUGACAAUGAUGAUGAUGAUGGUGAUGAAGAACUGUACCACUACAGUACUGUGUUGUCUCUGCUGAGGUAGGUAGUAUAGAUUUACCACACUACAUGUAAUAUGGCUAAAUAUGUUUUAUUCUGAAUAAAAAAUUUAUAACAAGA